AUGUCUGAAAAGGGUGGCCCAUUUCCCCAGAGAGAAGAGUUGCAAGGCAUUGAGGAAGGUUUUGGGCGUCUUGCAAGGGAUGCACGUUUUAGUGGCUUUGUCGGGGCGAUUGAUGGCACCCAUGUCAGGAUUGUGCCACCUAAGACAGGACGAGAGGACUAUAUAAACCGAAAAAAAUUUGCCUCCAUUCAAAUGCAAGCGAUAGUGGAUCAUGAGGGCUUCUUCCUCGACAUUUUCGUUGGCUACCCAGGAAGUGUACACGAUUCAAGGGUACUGCGAAACAGCCCAGUAUAUCGGGAAGCCAUGUACUCCCCCAGAAGAUACGCCCUCCUUGGAGACUUGGGGUACCCAUGCCUUGAAAACCCCAUCCGGAUUUUCACGCCAUACAAAAACCCAGAUGGUCCAGUGCAGAGCAGGUUCAACCGAGUGCAUGCGAGAGCACGUAGCGUUGUCGAGAGGGCCUUUGGGAGAAUGAAGGGCCGCUGGCGCUCAAUCUUUACGAAAGCCCUCGAAGUCUCCACUAAAAAAGCACCGCUUGUAAUAGCAGCGUGUGCCGCUAUGUACAAUGUGUGCAUUCGCGAAGAUGAUAUCAGGGACGAAGAACUCGUCGAUGAGAAUCACCCGGAUCGUGAAGCUUCCGCUGAAGGUGUCGAGGUGUUGCCGCAUAGGGACAGGCUGGCAGCACAUAUGUCGUGCCCUAGCGAUGCAGCGGUUCCCGAUAAUGACCAUCACGCAACCCCAUGA